GCGAUAUGCUAAACAAUUCUCCUACAAUGGAGGAUCUCGACGGAGGAAUGGCAAGUGAUGUAGAGAGAGAAGAGGAAGAAGCUGUGACCGACUUACUCCGAGAUCGAUUCAGAUUAUGCACCAUCUCCAUUGCUGAAGGUGAGGCGAAACAAUGCGGUAUGGAGGUUUCUCAACCGAUCAUCACAUGUAUAUCUGAUUUAGCCUUCAAGUUUGCAGAACAGCUAGCAAAAGACCUAGAAUUAUUUGCACAGCAUGCUGGUCGUAAGUCCGUAAACAUGGAAGACGUUAUUCUUUCCGCACAUCGGAAUGAUCACCUGGCUGCCUCAUUGAGGUCCUUCUGCAAUGACCUCAAAACAAAAGAGCCCAAUUUGGAGAGGAAGAGGAAGAAGAAUCCCAGAAGGGAAGGUAGAGUUGCUCCAGAUUUACUUCGUACUCCAGACACUUAGAUUAGAGGUAUGCCCAGUUUCACCAUGUGUCCAGUUAGCCUAAUAGCUUAGUGAGAGCAGCAUCUGUGCAGCAACCACAACCUUUUGAAGUAAACAGG